CUGCGCUCCUCCCGCGGUCCCGGAGCAGAGCUGGAUGCGGCUCGGCUGCGCUCCCUGCCUGCGCCUCUGCAUCCCUGCUCGCAUGGGAUGCAGAACUUGUCAAGACAAACAGCCUGUCCUCGCUGUCUGCUCCAGUCCAGCGCGCGCUGGGGCCGCCUCUUAAAGGGACACCUCUCGCUGUUGCCUCAGCGUGAACGCGUCUCUGUUGGGGCGGAAUAACAACGGCUCAGAUCAUUCUCUAUUCAGAGAGUGCCGUUUCGGACAAGGUUGUGUAUGGACUGCUGCUGCCCUCACCCCGCGGAUCUGGUGCACGUGACGACCGUCAGAGACACGGAGAUGACACCUGAAGGUCUUCACCGUUAUUUGAGCUUGGCACGGGAUUCGAUGUGCGGCGAUGCUGUGCCCCGUUCACCCGCUCAGCCCGUGGCCAGAGACCGUGGCUGACUCCAUUGAAGAAAUAGCCAAACCAGAGAUGAUUCCCCAUGAAGUGCGUGGCGCUGAGUCCGGGAGCUGGAGUGACUCUGACGUCGCUGUUUUCCACUGAGCAGAGGCUGGGACAGAUCCAAACUUUCCCCACUGACACACCGGAGAAGCGCUUGGUGAAACAGGAAAAAUGAAGUCGAACCAGGAGAGAAGCAAUGGAUGCCUGCCUCCGAAGAAGCGAGAGAUCCUGGCCCUGGAGCAGCGGCCGCUUGUGGUCGCCGCUGCCACACCUCCGGCUGUGGUGGCAGCAGAUCCUGUCCCGCACACGGAGAACCUGGCCUGGCUGGCAAGUGUAGCCACCGAGCGCUGCAAGUCCCGGGACGCAGAAAGCCCGAGAUGUCCCAUCUCCGCCGUGGUCACGUCUUCUGCUGCCCCUCUGUCCACGGUUCCGCUGGCUUCCAUCCCAACUGUGUUCCCCGCCACGCUCCAGCAGCACGCCGGGACCAUCCAGUUUGCCCAACUGGGACCAAAUGUGCAGUUCAUCAGCUCAGGGCCGUACGCUGGCUACAUCUCCUCUCACAUUAUCUCUGGCAACGCCAACAGCUCUGCCGCAGCGGGACAGCGCUCCCAACUGGACGGUUACUCGACUGCCCUGAUAUCACCCACCGCCAAAGGUGAGCAGCAGAUUCAGAUCGGGCUGUCGCCGACUGAACUGGCACCUGUCUCGCUGCCAAACUCCCCGCAAGUCUCCAGCCAGUACAUCCAUUUGGACGGCAGAGCGCCGCUGACUGUCACAUCAACUGCAGGCCACCUUCAGAUCCACCCCCACGCCGCAGUCAUACCUCAAACUCUGACCCUGGCUCCUUCCCAGCUAGUCGUUCAGUAUGCAGAUGGAUCUGCUGGAAAGAAAGCAGACGGACAUGCCAAGGCCUCGUUCAACGGGGAGCUAGAAGUUGUCAAACCCACCAAAGGCCUGCCAGGAAACCCUCAGCCAGUACAGAACUAUGAAGCGCGCCACAUCCUCUUGCCGGCGGACUAUGGCCAGAACGCCUCAGGACUCCAGACGUCUCUGGUUCUGGUGGCCCAGCCAAACCAUGGAGCUGAACCGGAGCCGGCCUCAAACAAGAUUUCCUUAGUCCAUACGGAGAAGGGGGGCAUCUGUCUGGGGAAACCAGUGGCAAGAACCUCUUCCUUUACCUACCCACCGUCGUCAGAAGUGGUCAAAUCUGCCGCCCCUAACACCGUCAUCCACACCACUCUUCCACAUGAAGACCUGGCCUCCAGUCUACCACCCAUCAUUGGCUACAUCACCAGCGGGAGUCAGCAUGCUCUGAGCUACCACACGGCGCUGCCUCAGCACUUGGUCAUUCCAAGUGGCCAGUCCCUUCUGCUCCCUGUCACCAGCACGAGCAACAGCUCAGAAGUAGAGGUCAGUGGCCCAGUCAGCUCUCUGGCUGCUACCACGGCCCCUCAGAACUCCACAGCCAUGCCUCAUGCCUACCUGGCCACUGCGCUGUCCAAGUGUGAGGCCCUGGCUCCGGAUGGGAGGGCGCCGCCUUCAGCUCCAGCUGUGGCGUCAGCGCCCUCCCCAACCCCGGCCUCUGUCCCCACCUCUACCUCCGCGUCCAUCCAGGCUCCCUCCUCCGUCUCCUCUCCGGCUCCCCCUGUGGCGCUCCCUCCGUUCUUUAUGCGAGGCUCUAUCAUUCAGCUGGCUGAUGGGGAGCUGAAGCGCGUCGAAGAUCUCAAGACGGAGGACUUUAUUCAGAGCGCAGAGAUCAGCAAUGAGCUGAAGAUUGACUCCAGCACGGUCGAGCGGAUUGACAGCGGGCAAAGUCCAAAUGCUGUGGUCAUACAGUUUUCUGUCGGAGAGCUCAAAGCCCAGGUCUGCGUGGAGGUGCUGGUGGAGUACCCCUUUUUUGUAUUUGGACAAGGGUGGUCAUCCUGCUGCCCGGACCGGACCACCCAGCUAUUUGAGCUGUCCUGUGCCAAGCUGUGUGUGGGAGACGUGUGUGUGUCGCUCACCCUGCGGGGUCUAAGGAACGGCGCCGUCACAGACAGUCACUCUCUGGGGACCAAGCUCUCUGAUGCCUGUCACAACAUGGAAACUGCUCUAAGGACCCACAUGAGGCCCAGCAACAAGCCCCACUGUGUCUGUGGGCCAGAGAAAGAGCCAGCGUCGGGACCCGGAUCCAGACAACUGCCUGGACUAAGGACUAGUUCGGGACCUGGCCAAGACAGUCCUGCAGCAGGGUCUGCGCUGGCUGGCGUCGGAGCUGGUGAGGCCAGACGAGACUCUCUGGACAAAACCCAGUCUGGUCUGGACAGAGUUCGCAAGAGACGCUGGUCCGCUCCCGAGCGAGACCAGGCAGAGAAGGCCGAGGGAGAACCACCUCUGUCUCUUCCCAAACCCAUGAUCAUCCCUCAGGAGGUCAAAAUCACCAUCGAGGGCCACUCCAGUGCCGGGAACUGUUGAACUCUCCUCCGCCUCUACCCAGACCUAGGUCAGAUAUGUACAUCAGUCUCUCCUCUUCCACCUGUCUGCUGCGGCAGUGUCGCGUUGAAGAUGUAAGCACUUGGUGCUGUCGGCAAACGGCAGCAGCCCAACACCGGAGGAGUCCAUUGUGUCGGUCACCAGGUAUGAGCUGCAGAGGUCAGCAGGCAGAGAGACGUCAGACGCGGUGUGACCUCACACAGAGAGAGAGCACGACAGUGGGCUGCGCCCCUCAAAGUCAUGGAGUUCACGAUAACCUACAUGUGUUCCACGGACCUCCGUGAGUCUCAGUGUGACUUGAGGGGGCUGCAGUCUGAAUGUAAACCACUUGACUUGUUCUGUGGGCCCCUGUGAAGGGAAGGUGCAUGAGAAUCGUUCCACAAUCCUGGCAAUAUAUAUGUGUGUGUGUGUGUGGCUACAGUUGCACAUUUACAGAUUCCUAUUAUUUAACUUGACCGAGUGUCACAUGACCUGCUCCUCCAUGCUGCAACGCCCAGCAUGAAUCUUUCUAUGAAAUUUUGUCAAACUAUAAUUCCAGUCUGAGAGUCUCAGCCUUUUCAGUACCUUCCACUGGAAACUUUCUACACUAUAGGGAACAUAUUAGGGAACAGAUGCCUUAUCAACGACCAGCAUUGGCACUGACUGGCUUCUGGAACAGCAGCAGCACUCGGCUCCAUUCAAGUGAAAAGGAAAGCUUAGGUUCCGCCCGCUACGUAAGCUCCCCCGCCGUGGGCAGCUUGGCCGCAGACUUGUCCCGCAGAAUGAGCUUGGAAACACCCUCAUAAAUGCUGGGCCCAUGUGAAGCCGACCAAAGCGUUGAUCCUUGACCGGUCACAGGUCGGCUCAUGAGUGUGGUGGUGUUGAUGCCUGCAUUGUCGGCCUGUUUUCACUUGAUCAGCAGCUGUGAAGCUGUCCACGUGUGACACGGCUGUGAUGCCCGUGUGAAGAUGGUAGACGGUGUUAGACGUCCAUCUCACCAGCGAGUGAGCGAGUCACAGCGGCAGGUUUGGACCCGCCGUCUGUACAGCAUCCAGCUUCAGCUCUCUGGGGUUGAGGCCUGUCUUUCCGCGGCGUUCACUGUCACCUUCACUCUGAACAACGUUUCCACUUCAGCAGGUUUGAGUUGCAUUGUUACAGAUAAGUACAAACAAGUAACGCUCCAGUUCAUACUCAGGAACAGAGUGUGUGUGUGUGUGUGUGUGAGUGCGCGCGUGUGCGCAUUGUAAACAGCAGCACUUUGAGUGUCCGGCAGGACGGUGGUGUGCGUGUCACAUGACUGAGAGAAAGCCUUCCGGGCAGGGAAAGCAGACGGGUGAGAGUCUCCCUACUUUAUUUUUCCCAUAGAGUUACUAUUGAGAGAGCGAUGGAUAGAGCUGAGCUUGUACAGUAAACUGUAUCCUGGAGUGUGUACAGCGUGUUUAUAGAUAUUCUCACCUGUAAUGUAGCCGAUUGUACGUACUGUACGUGCAGAAGCACUUCCUCCUUCUCCACCAUUCCAUUCACUUAUCCACCCGGUGGCCCGACAUGCGUUCCGUCUCCUCUGGUGUUGAUCCGGUGUUCAUGACUGGGAUGGAGCUUUUGGGACUGAGGCACUGCUGUGACAUGAGCACUGUAAAAACCAUCCACCUUUUAUAUCUCCUGUCACCACUUUUGUAAAGCCAGACUGUUGUCCUGUCCGCUACUGUGCGACGGCCCUGCGACUGUUCUCCCACCAUCAGAGUGGGUACGACCUUCACGUCACAUCGAUCUGGUGGCCUGUUUUUCCACACGAGGAAAGAAGAUGUACAGUACUAGAUCAAUAUUCCAGGCCAGAGUUAGAAGGAAUUCUUAACUUAAAGAUUGGUGCAGCGAAUAUUACUAACAAAGCCAUAUAUCGAUCGCAGUUCAGAAUCCGAAAUGAAGGAGAAAACAGCGGCCAUUUGUUCUUCUUUCAGGUGAAGACUGACACAAACAAAUAGGAAUACGUCACGCGUUUGUGGUGUGUGUGUCUUUGUUAAAGUGUCCCUCAACGCAUUAUUGAAUUUCCCCACAUCGGUCCCUCCCUCCAGUAAACACUUGGAGACUCUUGUACGAACUGUGGGUUUAUAAAAGAACUGAACUGUCUCUAUUAAACGUCACUAACAUGGUGAAAUGUUGUAUUAAAGAUUCUAAUAGGUUGAUUGUCAAGCUUUACUUCUGUUAACAAACGAUUUACUUAAAGCUCGUGUUUACUUAAAAGUGUUUCUAAACACCACGUCAUACAAAACUCCCUCGGAUCUCCUGAGCAGUCCUUGAACGCCCCACAGCACUCGCAGAAGCUAAGCUGCUUUGCUAUUAACGCUUCAACUGGUCACGUCGCUUGUAGUCAUGGCGACGGAAGAUGGGCGCGAGAUAGGAAAACGCUCUGCUACUAUUGUCCAAUACAUUCUCGUGUUUAUGCUGGGAACUGCGCUUUAUUCAGUUAUUAACACCCAGCAGAUGCGCGUCUUCCUGACGGACUAGUGCCGUGAAAAGGUUGAGUUGUAUGUCAGAAUGAAGCACCCCGCUUCUGGUAAAGUGCUGUCACUCAGUGUGGAGCAGGAGCCUUUCAGAGGCCGUGUUUCCAGUCCACAUUUCCAGCCUCUGCUGAUCAACCCCGGACAUAAACACCACCUGGAAAAUGUGAAGAAUGUCAUCCCAGUCUCUGCCACAGCUUUGUUCUCAAUGGUCUCCAUUUGAUGAAGGAAAUCUAUCUCCAUAAAAAAAAUAAAGACUCGUGGCGAAUCCUCUUCUGCUCGCCUCAUUUCUGCGCAGGACAAGCUCUCCGACUCGUCUGACUCCCCACGCGCAUCAUGGCAGUCCUGCUUCUGACUCACCCUGCCUGCACUCUCU